GCAGGCUGCGGACGAGGAAGCAAAGGGCAGGGAGCCGCCGGGCUCAGUUGACAGCCUGGCACUGGGCAGCACCAGCUGGAGACACAGCGCUCCAAGUAAAAGCAGCUCCAGGUGACACCAGAGGACAGAAGACACUCCCACCAGGGGCUCAGCAGGAACAAUGGGUAACCAAAUGAGUGUCCCCCAAAGAGUCGAGGACCAAGAGAACGACUCGGAAGCGGACACUCACAAGGUGGCAUCUGGUGACAAGUGUGGUCAAAAUGGGAUGCCGGUGAUGGUAUCCACCCACUCUGUUCAACUCUACCAUGAAGUUGAUUUGGAAACAAGUGUCCAGGAGGAUAAUGUGGCCACUUCUUCCCCCAAGACAAUGGAGAUAAGCGCUGUUGCGGAUGCCAACGGGAAGAAUCUUGGGAAGGAGGCCAAACCCCAGACACCAGCUGCUAAAUCUCGUUUUUUCUUGACACUCUCUCGGCCUGUACCAGGACGUACCGGAGACCAAGCCACGGAUUCAUCCACUGGACCAGUGAAGCUUGAUGUCAGCUCCGAUAAAGCUCUAGGGAACAAAGACCCGAGUGAGCCCAUGGCGCUUCCGGUGGCAGCUGCACUGGGUUGCGACCCAGAUAAAACCCCCGUGCAGACCCCGGCCCAAGCCGAGGGGCCCUCUGCCACUUGGGGACCAGAGUCUCGUCUAUCUGAGUCCGGAGGGGCAGCCCCCUCCAAGCCCAAGGACUCCAGCUUCUUUGACAGACUCUUCAAACUGGACAAGGGACGGGACAAGGCCCUCGUGGACCACCAGCAGGAAGCCAAGAGUGCAGAGCAUCACCACCCCACCGCCGAAACUCCUGGAAUCUCCACGCAGUCAGACGAUGUCCCUGCAGAGAGGGAGGCAUCUGAACCGGUUGCUUUCUUUCCUGCGCAAAGAAAGGACAUAGCUGACGGCACGGGAAAAGAAGGACAGGAAAUCCCAACUGUGAGUUGCUCUGUCCCCGGGGUCCCUGAAGAACUGGAGAUUGCAAAGGAGGACCCCCAGACAGAGAAUAAUAAUUCCAUCAUGAGCUUCCUUAAAACUCUGGUUUCGCCUAACAAAGCUGAAACAAAAAAAGAUCUGGAAGACACGGCAUCUAAAGCAGAAAGUGUCUGUGAUGGACAAGCUGGGCAGAAGACAUCCGAGAUCCAGGCUAAAGGCACCAAGAAAAAGCAUCUGCAUAGCCCCAGGCUAGGACUCGCCUUUAGAAAAUUCUUUAGGCAUAAGGGUGCCGAAAAGUCACCCACCACUUCAGCCGACCUCAAGUCAGACAAAGGCAAUGUUACGCCCCAGGAGCCCCAAGGGGCUGCCAAGAAUUCUACAUCCACUGAAACAGCAAAGGAAGGUGCCAAGGAAAAGGGGGGCCCCACCUCUCUGCCUCUGGGCAAACUGUUCUGGAAAAAGUCAGUUAAAGAGGAUUCAGUUCCCACAGGUGCAGAGGAGAAUGUGGUGUGUGAAUCACAGGUAGAGGCUGUAAAGUCCGAAGAAGUAGAAUCAGCCUUACAAACAGUGGAUCUCAGCGAAGAAGGAGAUCGCACACCUGAACCCACAGAAGAAACACUCAAGAGCGCAGAACGCAAAACACCAAGACCCUCUCUGAUGGCGUUUCUCAGACAGAUGUCAGUGAAAGGGGAUGGAGGGAUCACCCACUCAGAAGAAAUAAAUGGGAAAGACUCCAGCUACCAAGCCCCAGAGGCCACUGAGAAGGUGGUGGUGCUGCCGGAGCCAGAACCAGCAGCCGCCGGCCAGAAGGGCAAAGAGGGCGCCUGCAAGGACAAGAAGGCGUCUGCCGAGACCGAGAAGCAGAAGAGCAGCAAGCAGGAAGCCAACGAGCCGGCCCCGCGCGUGGAGGCCCCGGGGGAGGCGAACUCGCUGCGGGACGGGGACAAGUCCCAGAAGAGGCUCGAGAAGCGGCGACCGCCCCUCGGGGGCUUCUUCAAGGGCCUGGGACCCAAGCGGAUGUUGGACGCUCAAGUGCAAACAGACCCCGUAUCCAUCGGACCAGUUGGCAAAUCCAAGUAAACAAAUCACCACGGUUCCCACCAAGUUCCGCCACCAAGAGGUCUUCUCCCCACUCAGUCUCCUCCCCAGCCCCGCUCCAUGUAUAUAUUUUUUCUUCUGAUGGCCACGAAAUGAAAUUCUGCUUACACAUUAAGCCUGAGCUGUUGUAUAUUGAGGUGUAUUAUUUCUGUCUCUGGUCCAGUCUUUCCUGGUAAAUAUAACUGUCAAGAUGGUUUAGCAGGUUAACGAGCCAGGUCAGAAGAGUCGAUGGUUGCCAAGCAGGUAGGGGGAGGGGGCCGAGGACUGUGUUCUGGUGAAGUUAUGAAAAAUGGCCGGUGAUGAGUAAGUUGCAGAAGGAAAACGCCUGCCUGAAGGGAUUAAGCUUUGUAGUAAAUACACGCUCAUCCUCUCAGCUUGAAGAGGAGAGACAAGAAUCCGUUUGUUUAAGUUCAUGUCUCAAGGAGGGAAAACGUGGGCUCUGUGUUGGGAGGUUGCCAAUUUUCUGGAACGGAAUGUGUGGGGAAUGACAAAGGAAUGAAUAAGAGUUGUUUUCCAAAUAGGGUUCUUGAACGUUACUGACGAGCGGGAAAAGAUUGACUGGAGAGGGCUUGACAUAAUUUGGGAAAACAAUUGCUUUUUGAGGCUCAGUGACAAGGGCGGGGAUUACAACUUCAAAAAAAAACAAACCAAACCGAAUAAGUGAAGUUGCGAGUUUAUUUUGCAACACUAGGGGGCGCCAAGGUCUCCAUUUUCAUCCCGCAUCCUGCAUCCCUAACAAAGAUUUCGGUCUCUGCAAUCUUACAUUAUUAAUGUUUCUCAGAUGGCUGAGGGGCUUGCUUCAUCUGUUCUGUCUGACACUUAUCUCAAGUCUGUCUGUAAUUUCCUAAUGUUCUCAGGAUGUGCUCUGAUAAAACCCUCCCUAUAACCCCAGUUAAUAAUAAAAAUUUACAGAAGAUUAUUCAAAUACCUGAGUUUUUUUUAAUACUUGUACAGAGGAGUACAUAGGACGAUGAGUGUAUUAAAAUGUAAUCCAAAGUAGCCAUAUGAUUGACUGAUACCAUGUAUACUGUAUCUUUCUCUGAUUUAAUAAAAAGUACAUUUACAUCUGAAGGAUCUUUUAAUUUUCAACUUUGAAAGCAGGUCUCUCGUGCUCUAUGUCUGAGAUGCCUUUAUCUUCCACAGUAGAAAAUCAGUGCUCUUUUUCCAUCUUAUCUUUUCUCCCAGAUCCUUCUCAAUUUCCUUGUAUGUGGGCACGUGCACAUACAAAUGUGUGCACAUGUAUAUUUGUAUAUACGCACACAUGCACAUAUAUACAAACACUUUCUUAGGCCACGCCGCCUAGAGCAGAGCCUGAGACAGGGAUUCAGAUGCACAUGUUAGGCUGAAGGAGGGCUCCCAGGGGAAAGGGAAGAAGAGAAGGACAGGGCAGGGAUUGGUCUCAGCUGGAGUUGAGUUUCGUCCUGAUCUGCCAGGGGGCCCUGGAGCAUGAAUUGCACCAUAAAGUUGGUCAUACCUACAAGGCAGGGUUUGUCCCCUUGUUGGUGAGACAUGGGCCACCCUGGCAGGUGUCAGGACAGGCAAGCUGCUCCCACUGAGCUGAGAAGCUGGAUCCCUUACCGGCUAGAGGAUGAAGGUCAUCCCAAGUGUCCACUACAGGUACACAUGUAUACGUCCAAGCGUGUAUUUAUACCCACAUAUGCACACAUUCAUACUUAUAAACAUAGUUACUUCUAUACAGGAACAGAUAAGUGCAUGCACACAUUCAUAAUCAUACACAGACACGUGUAACCGACAGAACCACAUGCAUACACUGACUCAUACAAGUCCAUUGCAUGUACAAUCCAUCACAGUGAUUAGAAAUAACAUUGAACAUCCUCUCCUGACAAGUCUAUACCUUAGGCAAAUAAAACAAUGGCUUAGGCAAAAAGGCCUUUGGAAAAUGUGUUCGGGACAAAAAUGUUUCUAAAAGAACAAAUUGGGAGAUCCUUGGCUCCUGGAACCCGCUGGCUCCCAGCUUGGGCUGCCUGAAUGCUCAGUUUCCAGUAAAGACCAGAGGCCUUUUCCUUGCAGAGGGGUUGGUUUCUUCAUCCCUCCUGCGCGAACCUGGAGAGUCCUCAAUGUCUGUGACUCACCCAGCUGAGAAUGACCUCAUGCUGCUUCAUGUCUGCAUGCUUAACUUUGCCCAAAUGAAGAAAAAAAAAAAAACAUUGGGGAAGCCCUUGGUGGGGGGUGACUUUCCCUCCACCUCCACCAUCGCCAUUACAGUACAUGGGAUGAUUCAAGGCAAACAGGCAGCUGGUUACUGCUUUGUCUCUAAACACCAGGGGGGUUGCCUGGUGUGACCUUUGGGCUCCAGACCAUACCAGUCUAUUGAGAAAGGUGACAGUAUUAUUUGCAAGCUUCACCUCACUGGACACAGGGGCUUUUUGCCCUGAAGAGAAAUGUCCCCAGGCAGGGCUGAGUCACUAAUGCAGAAGGAGCCCUCCCACCCUCUCCCGCCCCAGAAAAACAUUUUUUAAUUUUUAAAAAGAAGUUCUCUGCUGCGAAUCUUGCUGGAAAGCAUGCCAGCAGUUUCUGUAACUGGUUUCCCAUCCUCCUGGCCAAAAAAGAGAACAAUCUUGUAAUGAAAUUGCUUUUUUUUUUUAAGAAAAUUUAAGCCAGAUAGGACUCAAAUAAAUGGCUUAUUGGGGGGAUUCUAAAGCCAGUUGUAGCCUGAGAAGCAAGUUCAAACUCCAUUUCUGAGUUUUGUGGAGUUUGUUUGGUUUUGACUGGCGAGCCAAUUCCUGAUGCGUUUACAAUAAAUACUAAUUUCCAUGCUCCUGCUGACCUAGUGUGAAAAGAGCACACAGUUCCCAAGUGAGCUCAGGAAAGCUCCCAGGACACGAAUUCACAGAAGGACUGAAGUUCUUCAAACUACAGAACCCAGGAAUGCCAUUUGGAUAGCAAAACGGCACACAGUAAAAUGUUAAGAACACCCUGAAACUGAAAGAGAAAUUAAGACCUGGAGGAGGGGGCAAAGGUACCUUUUUGAAGUUGACAUACUCAUUAAAUUAUUGACUUCUUUAUUUUUAGGUGCACAUGGAAGAGUGUCUUCUCCAAUGUCAUGAAGAAGUACCCUUUCCAGGAACUGGGCCUUUGAGCUGAAAUGGCUGCAAUCGGGGAAAACAAAAAUCAAAAAACUCUGCUUUCCAGCUCCAGCCAACGGCGACUUCUGGACUGAUAUCCAUAAAAGAAUUCAUUCAAAGGCACAGUUGUUCUCAGCAGCCCCUGAGGUCUCUCAUGAAUUCAUCCUCUUGGGGAAAGGGACACAUACCACCCAAGGAAAUGCCAAACUGGUUUUAUUGUACCCCCCUGCCCUUUAAACAAAUUAUCGGGGAUUUAAAUACACACGCACACACACACACAGACACACACACACACGCAGACUCUCUAGCUGGACUGUUGUUGUUUGUUUGCAAACAGAUGCACUGGGGUCCCCUUUAAUUAGAUUCCAAGAGGCUAGAAUCUGUGUUCUGCUGGCUCUCUCUCAAAGUGCCUGGAAGGGAGCAGACCUGACGAGUAUCAUUUCUUUUGUCAAAUAAUCCCAAGUUGACCUUAAGCCUUACAAAAUAAAAUCAGAUCGCCACCCUACCUUAGAAGGAAAGCAAAAUGAUUUCCAUUAUUAACUCACCCAGGUUGCAAAUGCAGGGAAUGCGCUUUGCAGAAAUGUAAGAUGAUUCUUAUCAGCUUUUAUCCUCCCAAUGUCCCUUUUUCGGCCUUUUAAAAAGGCAGUUUGCUCGGUGAGUAGGAUUAGGUUCCUCUGUGGUCUAGAUCUUGUUCACUCUAUCAGUGGAAAUAAAGGGAGUCCAGCCCCCCUGGAAAUUACAGGCUCCAUUAGGAAGAAAAGAAAUUACUUACAGAGCAGCAAAUUCUGUAAAUUUGUAAUUCAGAUCUUAGCCCUGGCCUGAAUGCCAGUCAGGAUCCAGCCCUUUGCAUAAAUUGGUUUUCUGGGGAGCUUAACUCUUUCGCCUCUGUUUCCCUUCCCCGGAAACCUAUUCACUCAAGCCUGUCUAUCCCCUGGCCCUUUAACUAGCCAUAGCCCGUGCCUGGGUAGCAACCUGUGCAAUUUCACAGAAGUAAGGGUAAUAAUAAUAAGGCCUUACAUUAACACACUUCACAGUUUAUAGACUGCCUUUUGAAUACAUUAUCUAAUUUAAAGCUGUAUGCCCCUAACUGAACUUAAUUGCCUCCUUUGUUAUAUUUUAUUAUGAGGGGGACUGGUGUGCACCUGUAUGGCUUUUUUUUUCCCCCAAAGGCGCACUCCUUAACAAAAUGGCCUCCAGCUGGAACUCUGGCAAUGAUUGCUCAUUGCUCACGUGAUUUAUUCUCGUUGAAGGACAUUUCCCUUUAAAUCUGGCCACAGCCGGGAGUUCCAAGACCUGGCGUCCCACAGUCUCUAGCCUGGUCCUUUUCCCUGACUGCCCGACCAGGAGGCUGGGCUGAAGCAACUCUUUAAGAAUAUGUUACUCUUAAGUAACUUCUAGAAAGUGGUCAAGUUGAAUGAAGAGAACUAGAAAAAGAGGGCCAAACCGGGUAAGUCAAUUGCCUUCUGUGAUUCUCAGUCCCCCAAGCAAAGGUAAAGUUGGUUGUUGGUGGUUUUUCCAUUCUUAUCAGCUCAGUCUUGGAAGAAGCUUGAGGAAGGGUAGUGUGAUUGCAAACCGUUUAAGUUGGUGUCAUUGCUAAGCAUGUAAGUCACCCUCACCAGCCCACCACGCUCCACAAAGCAGCCUUGCCUCUCUCAUCUCCACACCCAACUAGGGGAGAGGGCGAGUGACUUACCUCGUCAGUUUCCUCCCUAAACAGGAGGAUAAUAAAAGUGCCAACUUCAUGGAGUUGCUGUGAGCAUGGAGCAAGUUGGAGCAAGGCAAAUGCUUCAUGCAGUGGCUGGUGCAUAAAAAACAGUACAGGAGGGCUGAUAGAGCACAGGGCAUUUUAGCACCAAGUAGCUGAAAACUCCUACUCAAAUUGGCUAAUUAAUAAUAAAAACAGUAGGGAUAUUUAUCAUUUCAUGUAACAGGUGUUUUGUCACAGCCUGCCUCUGAUUCUCUGGGACUCUGCUCUGCCAUGUCCCAUGAGCUGACCUCAUCCUAAAACCAGUGCCACAUGAUGGCUGCAGUGCCAGACAAGGGAAUGACGGGAUUACCAUAAUCAGUUUUGAUUUAUCAUUUUGGUGAAAUCAAUAUUGAGACGGCAACUAGGAUAAUGCAGUAAACAGUAAAGCAAGCAUUAAUCUCAGUUUUUGUUUUUUUUUUUUUGUUUUUUUUUUUUGCGGUACGCGGGCCUCUCACUGCUGUGGCCUCUCCCGUUGCGGAGCACAGGCUCUGGACGCGCAGGCUCAGCGGCCGUGGCUCACGGGCCCAGCCGCUCCGCGGCAUGGGGGAUCUUCCCGGACCGGGGCACGAACCCGCGUCCCCUGCAUGGGCAGGCGGACUCCCAACCACCGUGCCACCAGGGAAGCCCUAAUCUCAGUAUUUUUUAAAGGUAGCCGUUCCCCAAAACAACCAGGCCCCUUCAAUUCAAAUUGAUGGGACCUGAGCAAUUAUGAUGCCUGCCCUGCAAACCAGGGCCAUUAGACCGUGGGUUCGUCAACACCGGGGACCUUCUUGUCUCAUUCACUGCUCUAUCGUCAGUGUCUAGCACAAUGCCUGGGCAUAGUAGAUACUCAAUAAAUGGCAACCAAAUGGGUAAAUUGAUAGAUAAAUACUCUAUGGCCACGUCCAUUGGGAAGAGGGUUGCCUUAUGCUCUAGUAUGAGUUUAUUUUAGCUCCAAGUGUUUGAUCACUCAGACAUCUUCCCUCCUCAGGUGCCCAGCUGAGUGGUCCUCAAAGUGUGCUCCCAUAACAAUCAGUAUCAGCAUCACCUGAGAACCAAUUAGAAAUGCAAAUUCUCAAGCCCCCCUCCAGACCCACUGGAUCAAAUUUGUGUUUUCACAAGUGCUCCAGGUGGUUCUGAUGCAGAAAAAAUUGAAAACCACUGGUCUAGGUUGAGCUCUUACUUCACUGAGCAUCAACUAAAAAAGACCAGGAGAUGCAAAGAUGAUGAUAGCUAACACUGGACUUUACUAUAUGCCAGGUAUUGUGCUUCACAUGAAUUCCCUUGUUUAUUGCCCAUUUUACAGAUGAGAAAACCAAGGCUCAGAGAGGAGAAGCAACCUUGCCCAAGGACGCACAGGUCAGAACCAAGGUUGAAACCCAACCUAAGCUCUUAAAUGCAUGUUUUCAUAUCUGUGGGAAAGACAGGCAGACAAAAGGACAAUCAUAAUAUAAUGUAAGAUAAGUAAAUGCAGGGCAUUGUGGAACUCAGAGGAAGGCACUGCUACAAGACUACAGGGGAUGGCCAUUGGAGGAGGCGACAGUUGAGCUAACUCUCAAAGAAUGGCCAAAGGGGUUUCCAGCAGAACAGAAGUUCAAAAGCCCGGAGUCUACAGAGAGAAUGGCAAGUAGCUCAGCGUGGCUGGAGUGAGGCUGCGGGGGGAGGAUAGAUAAGAUGGUGAAGGCUGGGGAGAAGGCCAGACCAGGUCAACAGGGACACGCAGUAAGGAGCCCAUGGUAAGAAGUUUAAACUUUCUCCUGAGGGCAGUAGGGAGCCAUGGAAGAGAUCUGAGCUGGAGGGUUACAUAAUCAGAUUUGUAUUUUGUUGCAGGCAUAUCUAAUAAUGCAAACUCAAUUCAACUAAUAUUCAUUGGAUUCCUUGAGUGACCUGAACUACUAGAUACCAUAAAGUAUAAUCAUUUUGUUUUUAAGACUCUUUAAUGAGUGUAAGAAAUACUCAGAUGAAACCUCUAAAUGGCACUGGUCCUUAAAAGAAUGCUUCAAUGCUUCUUCCCAAGCGUCGUAAGUGUGAAUUUGGAAUUUUGUCCCACAGUCCAUCCAGAUUACCCACAUCUAUGAACCAAGGCUGUGAGAUCUUGAGUCAGUUACUUUACCUUAGUUUGCUCAUCUGUAGAAUGGGAAUAAUAAUGGAACUUAACUCAGAGACUUGCUGAGAAGGGUAAAUGAGACAACGCAUUUAUGGCUUGCUAGCAUGGUGCCCGGCAAGUGUUGAGUGCUCAGUCAGCAUUAUUGAUGAGGCUGGUGACACCUGUACAAGGUAGAGUGUACGUCUUCUCUUUCAAGGGCUCAAAGCCCAUCCAAUCUGUGGGACACCCUUAAGCUGCAUCCCUGUCUUUCCCCGUCCUGGUAACCACUUGUCUGUCUGGCUCAUCCAAGAAAAGAGAAAGGAGGGAGGAGAGAGGGAGAAAAAUGCUGAUCUUCCCUGGUGUCCAUCCCCUUCUAAAAUAAAGUAGAAUUUGGGGUGGGUGGGGGAGGGAACUCAGGUCUGCCUUUGACUUUCCUUGGUUGUAUCUACUUGUACUAUUAGCCAGGUUGCUAUAGUAACAGAUGCUAUGGCUGCCCCGCCUCAUUGCUCCUCAGUCCAGCUCUGAGUUCACCGGUACUGAUAACUUCCUACCUCAAUGAUCCCUCCAUGAUUUGCUUUUCUUCUUGGUGGCUUCCUCCAGGGGCUGUGAGAACUUGUUCAGCCCACAUGCAGGGCAUCCUGGAAAUGCCUGAAAGUUCAUGUCCCCAGAGGCUACCCUCAACCAGUGAGGGGUGGAAAACGGUGGAUAAAUAUCUCAGCUUCGCCAUCUUUUGGGGUGGGUCUUCCGCAUGCUCCCACAGUGUCCCCAGCAAGACUGAACCCAACUGCCCCAGUAGUAACACUCAGAAACACACUCUCCCUCAUUCACGCUCCCGGGGACCCCUUCCCAAAUAAACAACCUGCGUCCAACUUCUUGUCUCAGGGUCUGUAUCUAAAGCGCAAACGUCUGUGUCUCGCUUAGGCUUCUCUCAGGGAACCUCGCUUGUGCCAGUAGUCUAAUAGAGGAGGAUUAAUAUGGGUAGUGGUUUUAAAGGUGCUGGAAGAGCUGACAAGGCAAGCAUGUGACAAGGAGGCCAUCCAGAGAUGAGACACAGAAGGAAGCCACAACCACUAUUAGGGCCAGACAGAUAAAAGGAAGAGGUGGUGUUACCAGACCAGGGAACCGGGUGGUCCUGUGGGAAAUAGAGUGCCAUGUGGGGAGGUGCGGGAGGGGAAAGACUGCCUGAGGGCAGCUGUGGGGACGGGGGUCCGGAAGCAGUGUUUUUCUGCUGAUGGGAGGGGAAAAUGUCGUGGUGCCAGAGCCUUCCACUGGCUGAAGCAAACCAGGAGGCAGUUGGCAAUGGAACCUGGGAAAGGCAGUGUGAAGGGCAGCAUGGAGAGAGGAAGUAGGAGCAAAUAGGCAAAUGCCCAGCACAGUCCAAGACCCUGCUUUAAGAGAGAGAAAAAGAAAAAGCAGGGAGCAGCUUUGGUCAGGGACCCAUCCCCUCCCCUGUUUCCACAGACAAGAGCACAUCUACUAUGGUCUCUGAGACAGCCCUGUCACCUUCUGUCUCUUCAGGACAGAGGAGUGGUUAAGGACACAGGCUCUGGGUCCAAGGGCCUGGGUUGGAAUUCCAGGUCACUUCACUUCUCCCAGGCUCACUUUCACAUCCAUAAAAUGGAGCUGAGAGUGGAAUCCACCUCCUGGGGUUGCUACGGGGAUUUAACAGCACACUCCCUGCAAAGCAGUUAACACGGCGCCUGGCGCAUAAUAAGUGCUUAGUAAAUGUUCACGUUUAUCAGAACAUUAUGAGAUUCAGCUGUCAUUUGAGUAUUUGGAAACUGAUUAAAAUUCCUGCUCAGACCUGUUUCUUCUUCUCUUAACCACACAAACCCCCAACUUCAAGUCUAGAAUCUGAGAAUCUGCCUCCAGUCUCUACUUCCCUGCCUUUAAACAACAAAAAUAAAACACCAAGGAACUUUUCCACUUUCACAGAAGUUCUGCCAGAACCCGGGGAGAAGCAGACUUCUCCACUCCUCUUGGCUCAAAACCCUCUCUCCACAGCCCCUGUCCCCUCCCUCUCUUGGCCAGUUGUUCACAAGUAGCUUAGCAGUUUUGAGGACACAAAAACAGGAAAUUGUGCACCAGUCCUGACUAAGGCUAAAAAACUCAUGUGCAAACUCUGCAACAUACAGAUUUCUUCAGCUCACAAAAAAAUAGGGCCUUGAAAAAUCAGGUCCCCUAGCCAAGAUCUCUGGAUUUGCUUAAUCAUGCCCUUUGCAAAAUUAUAACUUCUUUAACCAUAAAGAAGAGAUGGUGAGAAAGAGGGAGGCGGGAGGUGAAAGGUUUUAAGUUAACCACAAGACAAGACAGGAAAUUCUGGAAUGGGGGCUGGUGGUGAUGUUUCUUUCAUCCCUCGAUGCCAUAGCAGCCUUGGAUAGCAACUCUGGAAAAAUGACCAAGCCAGGAAUUUUUUUUUUUUUUUUUACUGUUGACUCUGACUCAGAGGGAAAUGUAGGCUUCUUCAUUCAGGGGCUAAAUAGAGACUAUUGGACCCAAUUAAAAAAAAAGAGAGAGAGACUAUCAGAGACUAUUAGAGACGAGAAGCAGAGAGACUCUGAAUCGUCUCCAUCUGACCCUUUAUUUGACGCAGACAGCAAACAUUUGUUGAGGGCCUAUUCUGCCCUUGUUCUGUACAGAGACAAGGAGAAAGACAGAACAAUUUUAAAUCUAGAAACUCUUGCUAAUAUAGCUGUGAUAUGUAUAAAGCAGAAACCCCCAGGUCUAGAAGGAGAAAUAAAGAAAUCCACCAUGGUAGUUGUAAGCUUCACCAUUCCUCUAUCAGUAACUAAUAAACAAACCAACAAAAGCAAAUUAGUAGGAAUUAAAAAAACAAAAAAUUAAAAAAAAAAA